AUGAGCCUGGUCUGUGUUCAGUUGGGACUAUUUGCAUUUUGGAUCUUUGGUUCCUGGGGUUGGCUGAGUAACAAAUGUAUCCUCUAUGAGAAAGUGAAUUACUGGAUGUACAUUCACGCUAACUGCCCAAGCAUGAUCGGCUUCACUGCCAGUUGCUGGGAUAUAUAUGACCUCAAAGUCAACCUCUCUGUUGUUCCAUCAAACUACCAGACCCUCUGUCUCGAGAUCAGGAGUGGAUACGUAAUGCAAUCUGGCGCUCUCUCUCGAUUCUAUGCUCUUGAGAGACUUCACCUAGAGGGCUUUCUACCCACGAUUCUCCAUGGCACCUUCAAGGGACUGUCCAGUGUAAAGACACUCUCUCUGAAUUGUAAGGGGAUGAUACAGUGUAACAAUGCAUCGCUUCUAUCCAACACUUUCAGGGACCUGACUAAUCUGGAGGAACUUUCCAUUGAGGAUUGCAUGCUUUCUGUGAUGGCACUGGACGUAUUUGGAGGGAUCCCCCUUUUGAAGAAACUCACAGUCAACAGAUGUUGUGCACAGGAGCUAUCUGAUUUGCUAUGCAGGAUAGUUAAUAUGUCACAGUCAAUAACAAGCCUGACAUUUAAGUCAGAGGAGAUAGUUACUUUGAGACCCCCAAACUGCUCUGACACCAAAGGAGCUGUUCUUGAGCUACCUCAUUUCUAUCGUCUUCAAGAGGUGAGAUUUUCAUUCCCUAAUGCUCAUCACUUAGAAAAAGGUGCAUUCAAAUGCUUUGAAAACAUCACAGAUCUCUCUGUGCCUAUAGUUGAUGAGCCACAGACACAGCUUCUGCAGUCUGGCAUCAAAAGACUACAGGCAUUUGAUUUUUACAACAGAUGCAUUUCCUUUGAGUCAGUUUGUGAAACAGUAUUCAAACUCUCAAUCACAGAAAUUAAUGUAAGAAAUGAUAAAUUCUGGAACAACACCACAUCUGCUGUGAGAAACUGCCAGGGGAUAAAGAAGAUUCAUUUUAAUUAUUAUGAACAUGAUCAUGAUGCAAUUAACUUGAGUUUGAUCCAUUAUUUGAAGAAUCUCGUUGAUUUGGGUGUUUUCCUUACGCACUCGAGGGAAGUUGAAAUCAGUAUGCUUUGUGACACUCAAAAGGGUCCCGUUCUGUGGCUGAAAAAACUGUGCCUGUUUAGCUUUCACAUCACAAACAUCACCUCAGAGCAGUUUGGUUGCUUGAAGAAUCUGGAACAGCUGAUUUUGUCAGGAAAUCAGAUUACCGCUGUUGCAGACUUUACAUUUAAGGAACUAGCUAAAUUGAGGUUCUUAGACCUACGGAAUAACAAGAUCUCUCAGAUAACAGAGAACAGUUUCUUUGGCCUGCAUGACUUGGAAACCCUAAUUCUGGAACUAAACCCACUUGAAAUGAUUGAAGCAUUUGCCUUCAUCCACCUCACUUUGCUGAAGCACGUAUGUUUAGGGGACUUUCACCCUUUGCCUAGUGAGUUGGAGAGUAGCGUGAAUGUGAAUCUGACAAACAUAUUUGGUGUCUUCCCUCAAGGGUUAAUGCACAUUAACAUUUCUUCCAUGUGGUACACCCUCAACAUCAUCAUCGGCAGCAACAGCACCCCACAUCUAGGGAUUUCCCUUCAGCUCAGUGCCACAACUGUAUUCUUCCAGGACUGCUGGAGACCGUUUUUCCAGUCCGUCGUCAGCCUCACAGCCAUAACAGAACGCCUCCUGUGUGGGUCUCAUUUUGCCGCAAGAUACUUCACCUCCCUACAGUACUUUGGCUUCAAUUCUGUGCUGUCAGCUGAAUUUGUGGACAUGACUGACCUGAACACACUUGUGGAGAUGAGGUAUCUGACACUAAUGGGAGUGGAACUCUACCGGCAGCCAGGGCUGGCCACUAUGUUCCACAACCUCACCAAGCUGGAGACCCUGAAYCUGGUCACGUGCAGGAUCCUCAGUCUGGAGGAGGAGAUGAGCAGAGACCUGCAUUCUCUCAGGCAGAUGUCAGUCCACAUCCCAGAGGAGYUCAGUGUGAUGGAGAGCUUUACAGAGCCGCUGACCAACCUGAGGUACCUGCUACUCUACAAUUUUCGCCUGGACUGCAGCUGUGACAACACCUGGCUGCUCGCCUGGGCCGAAAGACAGCCACAUGUCCAGGUCAUAUUUUAUCACCCUGGGGAAGCAGACGUGACAUGUAAAAACGAGAAUGGAAUCCAAAACUUUGCCAGGUACUCAGCAGCCAACUGUUCCCUGGACGUGGGCUUUGUCCUGUUCCUCUGCACCUCGCUGGGCCUGCUCCUCUUCAUGCUGGUGGUGCUGCUCCAUCAGCUGGCUCAGGAAUACCUGCUGGCCUUCUGCCACAUCAUCCGCUGCUGGCUGGAGGAGGCUGUACGGAGGCCCAACCCCAGGGGGCGCUACUGCUAUGAUGCCUUUGUGUCGUACAGUGGGAGAGACGAGCGCUGGGUGGUGGAGCAGCUGCUUCCGGGCCUGGAGCAGAGGGGACCUCCCUUCCUGCGUCUAUGUCUGCACAGCAGGGACUUCCAGUUGGGGAUGGACAUUGUGGACAACAUCACAGACAGCCUCUACGGCAGCCGCUACACCGUGUGUGUGGUGAGUCGUAACUACCUGCGCAGUAACUGGUGCUCCCUGGAGCUGCGGCUGGCCACCCUCCGUCUGCUGGUGGAGCAAAGGGACAUCCUUAUCUUGGUCUUCCUGGAGGACAUCCCCCCUCACCAGCUGUCUGCCCACCACCGCCUGGCCAGGCUGGUCAAGACCAGGACGUACUUGGACUGGCCCCAGGACCAGGCCAUGCAGCCUGCCUUCUGGGACCGUCUGUGGACCAAACUGGUCCCUCCUGAACCACACCCUGGCCAGUGACCAGAUACAGUACUACACUCUUUUAAAAGGGGUUCUAAAAGGGGUCUUUGUUGGGUGAAAAGGUUCCAAUGAACUUUGUAUGGACUGUGUGGAUACAAUGACCAACCGUUAUCAACAGCAGAGGGAGACAAAGACCUUCAAUCAUAUACAGUACACAUACUUCCAAUGUUCAAAAUAUGUUUGAGGCAAAAAAAGGAAACACCUCAUCUAACAAUGAGGUUUAUGGCUUUGCA